GUUCCCGCUCUCGCCAUGGCCCUUGACUGAAUGGGGAGCCUUCGCUUUGGGGCCUGCGAGUUUGGGAGCGUUGUUGCCAACUCUCUUUGUUUGCUUGACAUUUCAUUAGGGCGAAAAGAUCUAGAAGACGAUCCAAACAAUGUAAUACAUAUAUCACAGUUAAUUCUACACGUUAUGCCACGUCUGCAGCUUCUUCAGGCCGAUGAUUAUGCAUCGCAAAUGACGGGCCGUCUCCAGGCUCGGGCUCCCUGGCGAAUCCCUUCUUGCAGACGAGCCGCCGGCCAGUCCGUCGCGGCAGCCAUGCGGGGCGCGCGCCAAGUCCUCCGAGGAGCGCUCUUCCUCGCCGCGAUCCUGGCGAUCGCUCGGGCGGCGCGGGCCAGGGCCGCUCGCCCUCGCUUCCGCUCGCCCACUCUGCAGCCCAUCAAGAGCGGCAUCGACGCCAUGUCCGCCGCCCUUUGGGGGCGCCAGAACUCCUGCCAGAAGAACGCGGCGUCCUCGGAGGAGAAGCUGGCCCGCAUCAAGUACGUGGUCGACAGCCAGUGGGAGAUGCUGGGGAAGGCGGACGAGAAGGUGAAGGCCUUGGAGGAGAAGAUGGAGGAGCUGAUCGCCAUCAAGGAGGACUACGCGGAGGCCACGCCGGACCCGGAAGAGUGCAGCUAUCCCUUCAAGAUGGAGGCGCACGGGUGCUUCUGGCUGCACAAGAACCCCGGCCUCCCCUGGGAGGCGGCGCGGAGGCGCUGCCAGCAGUCGGGCUCGGACCUCGCGACGCCCUCCAGCCUGGCGCAGAUGCGGGAAUUCCUCUUGCGGGAAAUUGGGCGAGAGUGGUGGUACGUGUGGAUCGGGGGGCAGAUGACGGGCUACCGGACGUGGGUGUACGUGAACGGGCGCGAGGGCGCCGCCAACCCCGAGGACUGGCACGACACCCUCAACCCGGGGUCCUGCACGGCGCUCAACGGCGGCCGGGACUACAAGAUGAUGGCGUGGCACUGCGAGGACGCGAACUGGUUCCUCUGUCAGAAGUUUUAGCAGGAGACGAGGAUAAGGGAACGGCCUUACGGUCCUAAAGAGAGGAAGAGAGAAGGAAGAAGAGUGAGAGAAAGUGUGUUAGUGAAAGAAGAGAGAGAGAGGAGAAAGAACGGAGAUUCUGUCAAAUAGUCGUAAUUAAAUAAUUGCUACACGGUUGCUUACAUACCAAUGAUAAAACAAUCUAUUUAA